AUGCAGCUCCCGACUCUCUGCUGCGGGGCCUCGCUGCUGCUGCUCGUCCUGCCAUGGGCAGCAGCGCAGCCGGCCGGCGGCGAGCACGGUGCGGAGCUGCGGUCCCUGCAGGACCUCCUGGAGGCUCUGGGGCAGCUCCAGGAGGAGGAAGGGGAACCGGGCCUGGAAGACGAACCGAUGGCCGGGGCUGAGGACGGCGGCUCCGAGUGGGACCUCCCGGGGGCGGAGAGCGGCCCGCCGGGUGCCCCGCUCCCGGCGCCCAGCCCUCCCCAGCCGGCGGAAGGGCAGACCCAGUGGAGGAGCCUCCUCUCCUCCUACAGACGGAGGCACUUCUCCGGCUGCUUUGGGACGAGGAUGGAGAGGAUCGGCGCGCAGACGGGGCUGGGAUGCAACCAGUACAAAGCCCGUUUCUGGAGGAGAGGGAGAAGCUGAAGCCGGGACCGGCUCCCAAGCGCU